GCAAGAAAUCGGCAUGAAAUCACCUAAACCUCCGAAUCUCCCCGAGAAAACUCUUAAACCCAAUUUCUUCUACGGCCACCGUAAGCCGUCGCAGAAUCGCCCCGUCGUCCACGGUGGUCUCUUCUCUAAUCGUCAAUAUCUAUCGAGAGAUCCACCCCAAUCACCUUCCAACGCCGUCGCCGACCGGAUUCCUUUCGAUCUCCGCAAAUGGGACCCGGAAUCUCGUCUCCCUUCCGAAAGAGCUUCUUCUUCGUCUCCUUCCACAUCAAUUUCCGCCGCCUCCGAACGCCUAUCUCCGAUCGCGCGGUUCGUCCUCGACGCUUUCCGCAAGAACCGUAACCGCUGGGGACCCUCCGUGGUCUCGGAGCUAAACAAACUCCGCCGCGUAACGCCGAGUAUCGUCGCCGAAGUUUUGAAAGUAGGGAACGAUGCUGCAGUUUCCGCAAAGUUCUUCCAUUGGGCUGGUAAGCAGAAAGGGUAUAAACACGAUUUCGCUGCUUACAAUGCAUUUGCGUAUUGCCUUAAUCGAACUGGGCAUUUCCGCGCCGCGGAUCAGUUGCCUGAGCUAAUGGAUUCACAAGGAAGACCUCCUUCUGAGAAACAGUUUGAGAUUCUGAUCAGGAUGCAUUCGGAUAAUAAGAGGGGUUUAAGGGUUUAUUACGUUUACGAGAAGAUGAAGAAGUUUGGAUUCAAGCCUAGGGUUUUUCUGUAUAAUAGGAUAAUGGAUGCUCUGAUGAAAACUGGCUACUUUGAUUUAGCAUUAGCCGUUUAUGAGGAUUUCAAAGAAGAUGGGUUGGUGGAGGAAAGCACCACUUUCAUGAUCUUGGUGAAAGGGCUAUGCAAAUCAGGUAGAAUGGAGGAAAUGCUCGAGAUUCUGCAGAGAAUGAGAGAGAAUUUGUGUAGACCUGACGUUUUUGCUUACACAGCAAUGAUCAAGACGUUGGUUUCCGAGGGGAACAUGGAUGCAAGUUUACGAGUUUGGGACGAAAUGAAGCGUGAUGAGGUAAAACCUGAUGUAAUGGCGUAUGGAACACUUGUUAUGGGUCUUUGUAAAGAUGGAAGAGUUGAAAAAGGCUAUGAAUUGUUUAUGGAGAUGAAGGAAAAACAGAUUUUGAUUGAUAGGGAUAUCUACAGGGUUUUAAUUGAAGGAUUUGUAGCUGAUGGGAAGGUCAGAUCUGCUUGCGAUCUAUGGAAGGAUCUGGUGGAUUCUGGGUACAUAGCUGAUCUUGGGAUAUACAAUGCAAUUAUCAAAGGGUUAUGUACUGUGAAGCAGGUCGAUAAAGCGUAUAAGCUCUUCCAAAUUGCAACUGAGGAAGAACUAGAACCAGAUUUUGAGACUCUAAGUCCCAUCAUGGUUGCAUAUGUGGUCAUGAAGAGACUGAGUGAUUUUUGGAAUUUGCUAGAACGGAUUGCUGAAUCAGGAUACCCUGUAGCAGAUUACCUUACACAAUUUUUCAGAUUGUUGUGUGAUGACGAAGAAAAGAGAACAUUGGCUUUAGAUGUCUUUGAUGUACUAAAGACUCAAGGUCAUGGAAGUGUCUCUGUGUACAACAUUCUUAUGGAAGCUCUUUACAAGAUGGGAAAUAUUCAUAAGUCCUUGUCACUUUUCUUUGAAAUGAGGGAAUAUGGGUUUGAACCAGAUUCAUCAUCGUACAGUAUUGCAAUUAGCUGUUUUGUUGAGAAAGGUGACGUCCAAGAAGCUUGUUCAUGUCAUGAAAAAAUCAUCGAGAUGUCGUGUGUUCCUUCCACGUCUGCUUAUUUGUCCCUUACUAAAGGACUUUGCCAAAUUGGAGAAAUCGAUGCGGUGAUGAAAUUAGUUCGUGAAUGUCUGGGAAACGUUGAAAGUGGUCCUAUGGAGUUUAAGUACGCUCUAAGGGUAUGUCAUGUAUGCAAAGUGAAUAACGCCGAGAAGGUUAUGGAAGUACUAGAUGAGAUGAACCAGGAAGGUGUCUGUAUCAGUGAAGUCAUAUACUGUGCGAUUAUCUCUGGUAUGUGUAAGCAUGGAACAAUAAAAGCAGCAAGAGAAGUCUUUGCGGAGCUGAAGAAGCGCAAAGUUAUGACAGAGGCUGAAAUGAUAGUCUACGAUGAAAUGUUAAUUGAGCAGACAAAGAAGAAAACAGCUGAUUUGGUGCUUUCAGGGAUCAAAUUUUUCGGUCUUGAGUCAAAACUAAGAGCAAAAGGUUGCAGACUACUCGAUGACUCAAGUUUGGAGGACCGCUAAAUCAUUCAGCUGCCCAUAGCUAAACAGGCGACCAAGUGGAUGUGCUUUUUCCAAACUACUGCAUAAGCUCUUUUGGACGUUUGGUAUUAGUCUGAGUUGAAUGUUUCUUGGGUAUGGUUUGCCGAACCAUGCAAGUUUUGGAGCUUUUCUCAUGAAUCGACGAUGACAUGAGUUGAAUGUUUUUUGGGUUGAGAAUCUUGGUUGCUGAAGCUUGGAUCUUUGGAUUCAAGGGUGAUGCAGUGAAGCACCUCCCGAGCUUUGGGUUGAGAGUCAUAGACCGAGACUUACAAAUCAAUGGUCUUCAGAAUCUGAAGUUGUAAUGGCUCGGGUAUUGCAACCCCAUAACCGUGAUCUCUCUUCCAUCGUUCCUACAAGUCCGGGUUGAAUAAAUGACAUUGUUGCAGCUUGAAGUUAUUGAACUUGGUGGAAGAUGAGAUCUUUAGUGUGACAUUGUUGACAUCAAAAUUGUUUUUUAGUUAUAAUAUAAUCACUUGUUAAGUCUCACUUCCAAAGUAUUAAACAUGAUCAAUAACUGUCAGGAUUACUUCAUUUUUUUGGAUGUCUAACUUGUGUUAUAAAAAAAAUGGAAUUGUCAGAAAUUGGAAUAAAGUUGGAGUUUUUUUAUUAUCCCCA